CACACUGAACACAGAGAGCUAAUUUUGGAGGCAGGCGACAUUCAAACAAACCACCUGCUCAUGUCUCUCACUGUCACAGUCCACACACAGAGCUGCAGAGUCUGGCAGUGAGGACACAGCGACCACCGACAGCAGGAGCAGAGUUGAAGUAGCACUUUGUGUCUGGAGAGAAUGUCAGGGAGCAAGCAGCCACAGGACUUGGCGCUCAUUAAACAACUGGAGCUCAUCUUGGAUUCAUGCACACUUGAGCUCACACCAGUGGACGAGGUCUGGCCCAACCUGUACAUAGGAAAUGUGGCUGUAGCACAAAAUAAAAAGACUUUAUGUAAGCUGGGCAUCACACAUGUCCUGAAUGCUGCACACUCCAAACAGGGCAGUAUUGGUGACCAGAGUUUUUAUGGGGACGCCUGUGUUUACUAUGGCAUCCCUGCAGAAGAUUCAGACAACUUUGACCUCAGCCAGUUCUUUAAGCCUGCAGCUGACUUCAUACAUAAGGCCCUCAAGACCAAAGAUGGAAAAGUGCUGGUACACUGCAUCAUGGGUAUGAGUCGCUCUGCCACAUUAGUCCUGGUUUACUUGAUGCUGCGGCAGCGUUUCACUCUAUCUGAUGCUCUCAGACACCUCGUCAAAAAACGGGCAAUUUACCCCAACCGGAAUUUCCUGUCCCUCCUCCUCAAGCUUGACGACCAGCUAACAUUAAAGAGGAGGUUGUGUCCUCUCCUCUGACAUCCCUCUUUCUAUUUUUUCCCUAACUCUCUGCUCUUCAAAGUCUCUUCAAACCUCUCACUUUCCAUGUGUCCACUUUAAACAGCACUGACAGCAUGUCAACAAUGUUUUGCAGUCUAGAUUGUAAUAUUAGAAUGAUAUAAAUACCAUUUCCAAUCUUUUUAAGACUGGCUACAUUUUCUCUCUGGGGCAUUCAAACACAAUUUUGCUGUUAGUUAAUGGAACAGUUUUCUUUCUAGGUACACAGUCAUUAGUUUUGUCAAAGGUUGUAAAUAUUUAGUAUCAUAUUCAGUUUUUCUUUUUUAAUAUUGUCUGUCAAACAUGAUCACAAGCUUUGUAAAUACAAGCCGAAUUAAGUUAAAUCUAAUGUAUUUUUAUGUAUUGUAACUUGACUGUAAAUAAAAUGUGACCACAG